AUGAGGAAAUAAAACCUCAAACAAGAUCUUUAUUCACAAAUCUCGACUAUUGGAUAGUAUUCCUCUACUAAAAGAAGUAAUCUCAAUAUUGAUGAUUUGAUUUAUUAAUUCAAAAUGAGGAAAUCCAAUUACAAAUUAGCCAAACAAUAUUCUGAAAUCAUUAAAAUAUUUGAUAACAACAAACAAACAUCAAAAUAACCUUUUCAAUAUUAAAGCAAUCAAUUACAAAAUACAGAUAGAUUAAGAACUGAUGAAUCUUAAGAACUACUUUAAUUUUAAGAAACUAAAUAAAGAUUGUCUCAUUAAAUAGAUAUUCAUCAAAUUAUUAAUGACACAUCUCCUAUUAAAAUUACACCUAGACUUAAUUAUGAAAAUUUUAAAACUUUUUAAGAAACAGAAAGAAAAUCUUAUGAAUUUAAUACUUAUAAUACACAUUUAGCUAAUUUUGGUCCUUUAUCUUCAAAUUAAUGUGAAACAGAUGAAGAAAUAUAAUAAAUUUCAUAACAAAGUGUUUAAAAACUUUCAAAAUUUAAAACUUUAGAAUCAGAAUAACAAUUAUAAACUUUUGUUUUUAAAAUUAAUAAUUAAGUUGAAAAAUUAAAUAAAAAAUUCUAAAAAUAAGGAUUCUUUAUGAUUAAACUAUUCUCUAAAUGGACUCUUAAAGAAAAAGCUACAAAAAUGUAUUUUAAAUUUUUUGAACAUAAAAUUUAAUCAUAUUUUGAUCUUUUUUAAAUAUACGAGCCAUCAAUAGAUGAAAAAAAUAAUGAUACUCAAAAUACAAAUUAAAGGAUGUUUUCUGAUAAUGUUUUAACACCAAUCAAUUUGAACAUUUAAAUUUUUUAAAUUCCUACUCUUAAACCUGUUACUUAAUUUGGUGCAAUUAAUGUAAUCUAUUUUAAUAUAUAUUUAUAGUUUGAGGAGUAUUUAAAAAAGAAAAAUCAAAAUAUUGAAUGA